GCUCAACAGCGGGCACCGCGUCAUCUGGCAAGGCAGUGGGCUCCGAAUCAACAGGCACGACAGUGGGCACCGGGUCAUCAGGUACCGGAUUGUCUGGCUCGACAGCGGGCACUGGGUCACCAGGCAUCAGGCAGUGGGCACCGGGUCACCAGGCAUUGGAUCGUCUGGCUCGACAGCGGGCAUCGGGUCACCAGGUAUGACAGCGGGCACUGGGUCACCAGGCAUCAGGUCAUUUGGCUCGCCAGCGGGCACCGCGUCAUCUGGCAAGGCAGUGGGCACCGAGUCACACCAGGUACGACAGCGGGCUCUGAGUCAAUUGGCACGACAGCGAGCACCGGAUCAGGUACCGGAUCAUCUGGAUCAACAGCGGGCAUCGAGUCAACUGGCCUAAUAGGAUCAUCAGGCUGGAUCAGUUCAUCAUGCUGGGUAGAGGCAUCAGGCUGAAUGCCGGCGUCCGAGGCUUCAGGCUGAACCACGGAAGGCAGGUUCACCAGUUUGGAUACUGGCAGGA